AAUCAUUCCAAUUAAGCUAAAAUACUCAAUGAACUCGCACGGAAGUGCUCUCACCGUCACAGCUGCUCCAAAAAGUCUUGGUUUGGACAUGCCUGUCAUGCCAUCUGUCAUGCAGGCCGAACCUCUUGACCUUUUAAAAAAGAAGGGUAUAUUUAAUGAAGAAGUCAUGGUACCACGCAUCUUACCAGACACCAGUGGACUACAGACGGUUGAAUUCAAAGUAUUUCACUGGCCGGUAGAAAAUUGGAAAGAUGCUGAACUGAAAUCAUAUAGCCCAAGUUUCAUUGCUGGUGGAUUCACAUGGCGUAUUUUACUUUAUCCCAAAGGAAACGGUCAACAUGAUUCGUUGUCACUUUACCUCAAAGUAGAAGAAUCGAGUGCCAAUGUACCUGAUUGGCACGUAUGCGCUCAAUUUGGUUUGGUUAUAUCCAACCCGGACGAUCCUACUCAGUUUUACUCCAAUCAGGCACAACAUCGGUUUUGUGGAGAAGAAGUCGAUUGGGGAUUUACUCGGUUUUAUGAAAUCAAAGGGUUGACUCGAACACAUCAAGGCAAAGGUCCGUUCUUAAUCAAUAACCGGUCUCACAUCUCAGUCUAUCUCCGGGUCAUGAAAGACGAAACAGGUGUAUUAUGGCACAACUUGAUACACUACGAUUCAAGAAAGGAAACAGGUUUUGUUGGCAUCAAGAAUCAAGGCGCUACUUGUUAUAUGAAUUCAAUUCUCCAGUCACUCUACUGCACAAACAGUUUCCGAAAAGCGGUUUACCAAAUCUCAACAGAAACCGAAGAUCCUACCAAAAGUGUAGCUCUUGCAUUACAACGAUGUUUUUACAACCUUCAGUCUUCAAACGAUCCAGUUGGUACAACCGAGUUAACAAGAUCUUUUGGGUGGGAUACUCUUGAUGCUUUUAUGCAGCACGAUGUCCAAGAAUUCAAUCGAGUCUUACAGGAUAAUCUUGAAAUGAAAAUGAAGGGUACACCUGCAGGAGGAACGGUCCGAGGAUUGUUUGUAGGAAAGAUGAAAAGCUAUAUCAAAUGUCUACAAGUGGAUUAUGAAUCUUCACGUGUGGAAGACUUUUACGAUAUCCAACUAAAUGUCAAAGGAUGUAAGGAUCUCCGCGAAUCAUUCAAAGAAUACAUAGCAGUCGAAACAAUGCAAGGUGACAAUAAAUAUAUGGCCGAGGGACAUGGUCUUCAGGACGCACAGAAAGGUGUCUUCUUUGAGAGUUUUCCACCCGUACUUCACCUACAGCUCAAACGAUUUGAAUACGAUAUGAAAAGAGAUUCGAUGGUCAAAAUCAAUGAUCAUCACGAAUUUCCCGAAAGUAUCAAUCUAGAUGCUUACUGUUCCAAAGCCGGUGGUGACGAGGCUGGUCCUUUUGACUAUACACUUUAUGGCGUUCUUGUGCACAGCGGUGAUCUUGAUGGAGGCCAUUAUUUUGCCCUCAUUAAACCCGAGAAAAACGGAAAAUGGUUUCGCUUUGACGACGAUCGUGUUACUCCAGUUACCCUCAAAGAGGUCUACCAAGACAAUUUUGGCGAUGAGCCUCUACGCAGCUCAAAUGACCCUUCGACCCUUGAUGGGAAAAUGCGAAAUGGCAGUGCACAAUCUCUCAAACGAUUUACAAACGCAUACAUGCUGGUUUAUAUUCGUACAUCAAAAGUUGAUGAAAUUCUGGCGCCAGUGGUAGAUGCAGAUAUUCCAGUACACCUCAAUAGGCAAUUCCGGGAAGGACGUGAAGUGGAAAAAAAUGGGAAAAACAGAGAAGAAGUGCACGAUCAUGUAGUUGGAUUCAUUGCAAAGUUAAAACGAUCGCUUGGAUUGAAUCACAAACAAAGUGGAACAGGAGGAGCAGGAGGGGCAGGAGGUGUAGGAGGGAUAGACAUAGCAAAGAACAAUAGUAUUACACAUACUUCUAAUAAAAAAAGUCACUGGGGUAAAAGGUGAUGAGAGGACUGAAAAGUCUUGUAUUUAAAGAUAA